GGGUUUAGACUUGCUUUACUUUUAUGAGGGUUCAGACUUGCUUCGCUUUCAUGGGGGUUCAGACUUGCAUCAAUUUCAUGAGAGUUCUGAUUUGCUUUACUUUCAUAGAGGUUCUGAUUUGUUUUACUUUUAUAGAGGUUCAGCCUUGCUUCACUUUUAUGGGGGUUCUAAUUUGGUUUGCUUUUAUGAGGGUUCAGAUUUGCUUCACUUUUAUAGAG